AUGAACAUUGUUAAGAAAUUCAUGGGCUCAGGGACUAAACAGGAUCUGCUAGUGAUUCCAUCGGGUCAGUUUGAUCUGUUAAGAUCGCAACAAUCACCGAAAGCAUCAUUGGAAUGUAUAUACAACGAUUCCACUUUAGCGAUAAGGGAAACAACUCGAUUUGCUUAUGAGCUAGUAGUAAGGAAGAUGUCUGAUAAUUUGGAAACUCCUGAUGGGGAAGAAAGUGAAGAUUACUCGGAUGAUUCCAUUAGCGUCCUCUCUACUCAAUCUAAGAAGAAAGAGGAUGAAUGGAUUUUUGAAGUGAAUGAUGCCUUGGAAUUUCAUAAGAAUUGGAAUAAACAAGGGGAUGCUACUUUUGUUUGGAAUAACUUGCAAGGUGAUGAGGAUGAGGAAAAGGUUCAAUUUGUUAUGCCCUCUGAUGUUGCCUUGAAUGAAAUUGAACAGUUUUUACAGACUGUUCACCGUUGCCAAUUUGAAGUUAAAUAUAAGAAAUCGUCAUUGAGUGCCACAGCAAGUGAUUUACUUCAGUUCGAAAGUAACAGUUUGGGGGUAUCUGUUGAAGAUAAUCUCGACCCAGAUUUAGAUGAAAAAUUUAAAACAAUGAACAUUGCAAGUAAUAAUAUGGAAUCAGAAGAGGAAGACGAUGAUGAUGAUGCAUUUGAGGAUGCUAAUGAUACGUUUAGGGCUGAAAAGAAAAUUCCACUUGAGUCAAAUCAAUCAGCCGAACCUGUAAAUGCCAAUCCUCCUUCCACCGUAGAACAUUCAAGAACCCCAUCUCCAUUAGCUAAGACGCCCGCUGGGGAAGAACAAUGCCGCCUAAAAGCAAGUGUUUAUGUAUUUGACCCGAUCCAAGGUCAAUUUAUUUUACAAGAAAAUGGUGCAAAAGUUGCUCUAAUUAAAACAGGGAAGUAUGAAUACUGGUUGGCCAUUGAAGGGAAGCAGAUUAAAUUAGGAACUGACGUAUCACCAUCUAUUAAUCCUACAUUUGAAUCUUUGAGAUCUUCCUUUAUCUUUAAUUACAGUUUCAACAAUGUAACUCUAUCUUACCUAUUGAAAUUUGACAGCUUGCAAGCAUGCAUUACCUUUCACUCGGUUUGGUCCAAAUGUUUUUGGAUGACUUUAAAUAAAGAGCCAUUUGAAGAAAUACCCUUAGAAGAGCAGAAAUAUGUUCUAAAUAGUGGACCGGUUUCAAUUGAAAAACAAUUAGAUGAAAUAUUGGCACUUGAUAGUGAAGAUGAAAGAGAACAAUAUAUCAAACGUCAUGAAACGGAAGCUGACCUAUCUAGUGAUGAGGAGGAGGAAGAACAAGCUGAACGUUCCAAAAAGGUUAUUUCCUCGGAAAGUUUCGAGGAAAAAUACCAUCCAUUAAGUGGCAAAUCAACAGAUAGUAAUAAAUCACUGACUGUUGCUUUCAGGAAUGAUAGAUCAUAUGUUCUCAGGGGUAAUAAACUUGGUGUAUUCAAGACUGAUGAUGAUGAUGAUGAUUUAGAUUUUGUUACCGUGAUAAAAGAUAUCUCGACUUUAGAUGGAGGUAAAAUGGACCCGCAUAAUCCAAUGUUAUACAUGGAGGAUAGAUCUUUAAUAUUACAGGAUAGCAGUGAUAAGAAGAAGCUAUACAAGAUGGACUUGGAAAGAGGAAAAGUUGUAGAAGAAUGGGGCACUGGUGAGAGGGAUAUCGUUCAAUAUGGACCUAACAAGAAAUUUGACCAACUGACAGCGGAGCAGACAAUUUUGGGGGUUUCCCCAAAUGGUUUACUUAAAAUUGACCCAAGAGUAAACACAGCCGAUAAGACUGUAUUAGACCAAUCUAAAGAGUACAAGACAAAAACCGAAUUCUCGUCAAUUUGCACCACUGAAAAUGGUAGCAUUGCAGUUGGCUCUGAAAAGGGAGAUGUCAGAUUAUACGAUAGAUUGGGAAUAAGGGCCAAAACCCGUGUCCCUUCAUUAGGUGAACCCAAUAAAUUUGUUUCUGCCUCAUCUGACGGUAAAUGGUUGUUGGUCACGUGUGAAUCGUCUAUAUUACUAAUGGAUAUGACGAUUAAAACAGGUAAAAAUACCGGGAAUUUGGGAUUCCUUAAAUCUUUCCCUUCAUCAGAGGUUGUGAAAACUUACAUAUUAAAGAUCUGCCCAGAAGAUGCAAAUGAUAUUGUUAACUAUACUCAAAAACCAAUCUCGUUUACGAGGGCACAUUUUAAUAUAGGGGUUGGUAAACAAGAGGACACAAUAUUGUCCUCAACUGGGCCUUAUGCUGUUUCAUGGUCUCUGGAGAAAAUCCUAGCUGGUUUUAGAAAACCUUAUAAGAUGAAAAGAUACAAAAGUAAUAUUAUUGAGGAUAAUUUCGAAUUCGGAACAAACAAAAAGAUUAUUGUCGCAUUGGAAAAUGAUGUUUCUUCAUCUAAAACUAAAAGUUUUAAACGCCCUAAUAAGGAUGUAAUAAUGCCAUCAAGCUCACUUACGAGUUUCUAUAGUUAG